AUGUUUCUAACAGCUAAUUGUUCAUGGAUGCCAUCAUCAAAAAUCUGUCGUGGACACUUGAUCAAUAAAUCAUGUUUUCGUUUUGGUUGUUCAUACUGUCGUUGUAUUCCAUUGCAGCAUAAAGAUGAUAACAAUAAUAACGCAUCAUCAUUUCAACUGGAAUGUCAUCAAAAGGCGGCGGCGGAGACGGCGGCGAGAAAUCAAUUUUGUACAAAAGUACCUUAUAUGACAUGUGCAAUGCACAGAGUUGCUUUAUUAUGGUCCAAUGAUAGUAACUAUGAUUGUAAUUGGUCUGAUAAAUCUCAUAAAUAA